AUGGUUACCAUUGCCAUCGUCGUGAUCAUGAUCAUCACGGUCAUUGUCACCAUGAUCACCAUGGUAACCAUUGUUGUCAUCGUGGUCAUGGUGAUCAUGGUCACCAUGGUCACCAUGGUUACCACCAUCGUCAUCGUGAUCACCGCGAUCUCCAUUGUCAUCACCGUGAUCAUGGUUAUCAUCAUCACCAUGGUUACCAAGGAGGUGGAGGAGGAGGUGGAGGAGGUGGAGGAGGAGGAGGUGGAGGGAUCGUCUGGGGACGAGUCUGUCUUCACCGAUUCGAUCCGAGAACCGCCUGGCGAUCUAAGACACCAAGGCAAGGUGCACGCGGCGGUGGCUGGGCGGCCGCGCGGCGGUGGUGGCGGUGGUGGUGGCGGCGGUGGUGGUGGUGGCGGUGGUGGCGGCUACUACUCAUCGGACAGCGCCGGCAGCGGCAGCUUCAGCGCAAAUCUUGGGUUCAAGUACCGUCCCUCGAAGCGUCCGAAAGCCAAGCCCUCCCUCGAUGACCUGCCCCUCCCCCCCGCCCCUCCCCCACCGGUGGGCACGUGCCCCCCAAUGAUGACGACGACGGCGAUGGUGGUGGUGGGCGGAGUGGGGGGCUCCCUGGAGCGAGGCGGUGGGUGCGGUGACGAUGGCGAGCGGAGCCUGGAGGGGCAUUGCGGAGCCCCCGCGGACAAACUCUACGGCCUGCACGAAGCUCCACCUUACUCCCGGCCAAACUUCCCUGGUGGUGGUGGUGGCUACGGUAGUGGUGGUGGCUACGGUGGUGGUGACUACGGUGGUGGCUACGGUGGUGGUGGUGGUGACUACGGUGGUGGCUACGGUGGUGGCUACGGUGGUGGCGGUGCCACCCCAGGUUUCGGCGCGGGACCGAUGAUGGGGCCUCGGCGGGCACCGUCCGGGAGGUCGUGUGGGCACGCCGACGCUGACGCCGACUUUGUGGAGGUCGCGGAUGAGACCCACGCCGGCAAGCUGUGCUACGCCGACAUGAGGUGAAGCUUCUUGCCGUUUCGUCGUGACGACGUUUUCUAAGAAACUGACCCCCAUCUCCCCCCCCCCCCACCAUAGCCCCCCC